AUGUCUACCGUGUCUGCUCUUCGAGUUACAGCCAAAACCGCAUUUUCCAGCGACGGUACACCCAUUUAUGCAGAGGCUAUUGGAGAUUCCCACAAGCCCGCCGUAGUGAUGGCUCAUGGAAUGGCUUUAUCCGCCGCCAUAUUCGACAAGCUCUUCUAUGACAAGCGCAUGCUAGACUGUGUUUAUAUGAUCCGAUACGACCUGCGUGGUCAUGGUAGAAGUGGGAAGCCUACCGCGCCGGAAGCAUAUGUAUCGUCCUUGUGGGCAAAUGACUAUGUGGCGGUCAUGCAGGCGUUUGGUGUCACGAAGCAUCCUACAGCAACGGUUGCUUGUGAUGUUUGUGCAAACAUCAAUCCAAAUCCCCUUUCCGGGAUUAUAUUCGUUUCACCCCUUCCAUAUGUUGGCCCAAUCAUGGGCGUUAUCGGGACCUCCACUAUCCUCGGGUUCCUUGAUGGACUUUCUAGUACGACCGACGUUAACCUGCACCUCCAAACCAAGAUUGACUUUGUCAAUUCCCUCGUCAACAAACCAGAGGAACUCCCUUUCGACAUCAAGUCAUCUUUGCUUGGACAAGCACUCUUGCACCCUCCAGGUGUGGACGCACUCAUUGUCUCUCGUCCGCAAGAUCCCGCCAAACUUUUCACGGCUGGAGAGCAGGGACUUCCAAUGCUGUUGAUCCAUGGUACGGCUGAUACGCAAGUCAUGGGCCAGGUCGUGGAAAGGGAACUCAGCCCAUACUUCGUAAAACUUGAAGCGCGGGCGAUACAGGGUGGUUGUCACGCCUUGUCUCUUGAAUUCUUGGAUGAGGUUGUUGAACCAAUUCUCAAAUUCAUGCACAAAGUCGCGGUACGUGAUACAUCUACUUGA